CGCAAAUUCAUAGUGAAGAAGGUUCUAUGCUUAUUUCGUUCUGCGAAACGUCAGUCGUCAUUCGCUAUUGAGUUUUAAUACGCAAAGGUGCUCGUGUCGCGUGUUCUAAAUUGUUUUAUCGUUGUUUCUGGAAAACUACGCUUUUACUGUUAUUGUCUGUUACCUAAAACUUUAACUCUGAUUAAGGUGACAAGAUGGUGAAGGAAACAACAUACUAUGAUAUACUUUGUGUAAAACCAAAUGCCACAUCAGAUGAGCUUAAAAAAGCGUAUAGAAAAUUAGCCCUUAAAUAUCACCCUGAUAAAAAUCCAAAUGAGGGUGAGAGGUUCAAACAAAUUUCACAAGCAUAUGAAGUCCUUUCAAACCCAGAGAAGAGAAAGAUCUAUGACCAAGGUGGAGAGCAAGCUCUAAAAGAAGGUGGUGUUGAUGGUGGUGGCAUGUCAUCACCAAUGGAUCUCUUUGAUAUGUUCUUUGGUGGCGGCUUCAGUGGUGGAAACAGACGUGGUCGCGAGAGGAAAGGCAAAGAUGUUGUCCAUCAACUGUCAGUUACACUAGAAGAACUGUACCGUGGUGCCGUCAGAAAACUGGCGUUGCAGAAGAAUGUUAUUUGUGAGAAAUGUGAGGGCAGGGGUGGAAAGAAGGGUGCAGUUCAAACAUGUACCACCUGUAGAGGCACAGGUAUGCAAGUACAGAUUCAACAACUUGGUCCAGGCAUGAUACAGCAAAUACAGACUAUAUGUGGAGAAUGUCGGGGAAAGAGAGAAAUCAUUGACCCCAAGGAUAGGUGCAAAGUUUGUCAGGGCCGUAAGACAGUACGUGAUCGCAAGAUUCUCGAUGUACAUGUAGACAAGGGUAUGACUGACGGUCAGAAGAUUGUCUUCAGUGGUGAAGGUGACCAGGAGCCAGAUUUGGAACCCGGAGACCUGAUUAUUGUGCUUGAUGAGAAGGAGCAUGAUGUUUUCAAACGUACGGGCAAUGAUCUGAUUGUGAGGCUGAAUAUAGAAUUAGUGGAAGCACUCUGCGGUUUCCAAAAAGUGAUUAGAACUUUGGAUGAGAGAGACAUUGUUAUUACUGUUUUGCCUGGAGAAGUCACCAAACAUGGGGAAGUCAAAUGUGUUCUUAAUGAAGGUAUGCCAAUGUACAAAAAUCCAUUUGAAAAGGGUCUCCUCAUCAUUCAAUUCCUAGUUAAUUUCCCGGCAAGAAUUCCACCUGAGAUCAUUCCAGCUCUUGAGAACUGCCUUCCGCCUAGACCAAUGGUUGAGAUUCCGGAACUGGCUGAAGAGUGUCAGCUAGCAGAACUGGAUCCGGAACAAGAAUUAAGGAGACGGCGACAGCAGCACAACGCCUAUGAUGAAGAGGAGGAUGGACCUGGAGUGAACCGUGUGCAGUGUGCCACGAGCUAAGAUAAUUGCUGAAUUCAUCAGAAGCCUUAGAAAAAGAUCUAGUUAUAAUUGUUCUCCCUAAACACAUGCAUGUAUUGGAACUUGUAUGGAAUUAUGUAUUUUAAUAGUUGAAUUAUAACACUAUCAUGACGCAUUUCCAUACAUUUUAAUGAUCACUUAAGUAUUUUACUUAUAUAACUUGGUCUAUAAACAAUAAUAAAUAUUGCUAAAUUUGAUUAUUCAUUUUUCAUUUAUUUGCAAAGUUAAUUUUAUAUAUAAAAUAUACUUUGGGUUUGUUUAUAUCUAGACAUUAAGUGUGCCAGACACAUUCUUGUGGUCUCCAUUACUGGAUAUUGGCCGUCAGUUUUUUGUCAUGUUUAGUUCUGUGUAAGAUGCAGCAAAACCGAUACCCAUAAAUUUCUGCAGCCAUGACUUUUCCCUUCUAUCAACGAAACUGAUAUUAAACUGAUCUUUUCAACUGAUAGGUCCUGGGCGUCAUGAAGACUAGUAUCAUUCAAAGUUCUGUGAUUUUAAUUUUUCUAGAAUAUUACCUAAGUUAAUUUUAAAGACAAGUCAUCAAAGGCGAUAUUCUAUCUGACAAAUUUGAAUAUAGUUUUAUUAUAUACUUAAAGCUGUAAAUAAAUCCAUAAUUAUCUAUUGGGAUAUCAAUAAAUAGAGGUGUAAAGCAAUCAGCAUUUUACAAGACAAAGUACACGAAAGGACUCCUAAACUGCAUCAAAGUGAAAAACAACUGAAAAUUUAUUUUUUUACCAAGUAUGCAAACUUUCUACACAGAUUUAAAUGUUUAGAUUGGUUCGUUAACUUUAAAAACAGAGUAGGGUCAUAUCCUUAAGUUUCAGUUUUUUUACUGAAAAGGACCUUAAAACUUUUUUGAAGAAAAACAGAAUUUGAGCUACAGAUAACUUUGGACCAUUUGCUGGUCUAAAAGGGGUGUAAUCCGCUACUUAACUUUCUUAUUGUUCGUGUACUAAACUUUACUUCACGCACUUCAUUAAACUCUGUUUUUGAUGUUAACUGACGUGAGGUAACAAUUUUAGAGGGAAGUUGUAACGGUCAUCAUGACCGGUGGUUGCUCGAGUUCUGCCUGUACCACGUCUCCUUUUGUAAGAACCUGUCUCCACAAACCUUCUGUAUAUUCUAGUAACCGUAGACUGGUUUUAAUUUAAAUUUCUACCAGUUGUUUGUUGAUCCAAGCCCUCCUGCACCAAUGGUACAAUUUGAGCAGCUUGUUCAAAGUAUCCAUAUUAUGGUUCAGAAACUCGCGAUGAGUUAAAUUGCUAAGCAAACAAUUGUGCUGCUAACAAUAAUUCAUUUGCAAAAUAAUAAAAAAUCAAUAAAAUUCUAUUGUAAAAAACACGCAAAUCUGAUACUUUGAGCAAAUUUUCUUUUCCUGGCUAUAUUCAUUUAUUUUACUUAGUUGUAUUUUUAAAUAUUGCUUUUUCAAUAAUUAAAACAAUUAAUAUAUAAUAGUUAGUAAUCCAGAAGUUUGAUGCAGUUUAUUAUGAGUCCAUCAGUAUAUAUAUAUCAAUAUUGUCUUUGAUUCACUGGUCUCGUCUUAAUUAACACUAGCUUAACUUAUAUUUUAACUUACUAAAGUUAAUAGUUUUUGGUGACUGUUUGAUCAUGUAAUAUAGGGCCUGGUAGAAAGAAUUGAAUUUGUGUAACUGCUUAAAUUUGUUGUAACUCAAUAAAUAAACAUACAAAUACA